CCUGCAUGGACGGGCAUGGGCUUGAGAGCCGCACCUUCCUGCGCCGCCCCCGCCGCUGAGCAGCGCCGCCGACCCCGGCCCUGCCCGCCGCCGCCGCUGCUGCUGCUGCUGCUGCUCGGCCUCGGGCUGCUCCACGCAGGUGACUGCCAACAGCCGGCCCAGUGCCGGAUCCAGAAAUGCACCACGGACUUUGUCUCCCUGACUUCACACCUGAACUCUGCCGCCGACGGCUUUGACUCCGAGUUUUGCAAGGCCCUGCGCGCCUAUGCCGGCUGCACCCAGCGAACUUCCAAAGCCUGCCGUGGCAACCUGGUCUACCAUUCCGCCGUGUUGGGGAUCAGUGACCUCAUGAGCCAGAGGAACUGUUCCAAGGAUGGACCCACAUCCUCUACCAACCCCGAAGUGACCCACGACCCUUGUAACUAUCACAGCCACGCGGGACCCAGAGAACCCAGGGGACGAGACCCGGGCCCGCCCAGUUACCUUUUCUGUGGCUUGUUCGGAGACCCUCACCUGAGAACUUUCAAGGAUCACUUCCAAACAUGCAAAGUGGAAGGGGCCUGGCCCCUCAUAGACAACAAUUACCUUUCUGUUCAAGUGACAAACGUCCCCGUGGUUCCUGGGUCCAGUGCCACCGCCACGAAUAAGAUCACUGUCAUCUUCAAAGCCCACCAUGAGUGCACCGAGCAGAAAGUGUACCAAGCUGUGACCGAUGACCUGCCAGCUGCCUUCGUGGAUGGCACCACCAGCGGCGGGGACAGUGAUGCCAAGAGCCUGCGCAUCGUGGAGCGCGAGAGCGGUCGCUACGUGGAGAUGCACGCCCGCUACAUAGGGACCACGGUGUUUGUGCGGCAGCUGGGUCGCUACCUGACCCUGGCUAUCCGCAUGCCCGAGGACCUGGCCAUGUCCUACGAGGAAAGCCAGGACCUGCAGCUGUGUGUGAACGGCUGCCCGCUGAGCGAACGCAUCGACGACGGGCAGGGCCAAGUGUCCGCCAUCCUGGGGCACAGCCCGCCUCGCACCUCCUUGGUGCAGGCCUGGCCCGGCUACACACUGGAGACGGCCAGCACUCAGUGCCAAGAGAAGAUGCCGGUGAGGGACAUCUACUUCCAGUCCUGCGUCUUCGACCUGCUCACCACUGGCGAUGCCAACUUCACCGCCGCAGCCCACAGUGCCUUGGAGGACGUGGAGGCGCUGCACCCGCGGAAGGAGCGCUGGCACAUCUUCCCGAGCGCCGGCAGCAGCGCGCCCCGGGAAGGCAGCAGCUUGGGUGUCAGUCUAGGACUUGCGGGCUUGAUCCUUGUUGUGUUUUUGUAGGGGUUGUCUUUUUUUUUUUUUUUAAUUUUUUUUUGUCUAUAACAAAAUUUUAAAAUAUAUAUUGUCAUAAUAUAUUGAGUAAAAAGAGUAUAUAUGUAUAUACCAUGUAUAUGACAGGAUGUCUGUCCUGGGACCCUCACCAGAUUGUACAUACUGCGUUUGGCUGUUUUCACCUAUGUUGGAUGUAGUGUUCUUUGAUUGUAUCAAUUUGGGGUUUUGUUUUUGUUUUUUUGGGUUGUUUUUGUUUUUGUUUGUGUUUUUUUUUUGUUUUUUUUUGUUUUUUUUUGUUUUUUUUUUUUUUUUGUGAAAUGUUUUAUAAUGUCCCUGCCUGGGGACCUGUUAGAAAGCACUUUAUUUUUUAUAUAUUAAAUAUUUAUGCGUGUACCUGAUUAACAUGUAUAGUACGUAUACACAGACACCAUACGCAGCGUGCCCCUUGAUGGUGACCAGUUGUUUGUAGCUGUUCCCGGCUGUUCCCUCCUGCCCUUUCCCAUUGCUGCUGAGAGGCCAGCGUGCAGUUCCGCUGGCUGAGGCCUGGUGGCGCUGCCUCCCUCUGAAUGUCCCCGCCCCUCCGUCUGCCCUGACUCCACAGGGAAGGAUCGCUCACUGCCCCCUACGGGUGCUUUCGACUCUAAAACACUGAUUUAGGGAGCCAUCUCCCUAUCAGCUGUCACUUUUUCAGAAGGCGGAAGAAUUAACAAUAGUCCCUUUCACUCUCAAUUCAAGGCUUCUAUCUGAACACAGAUGUCGUAUGAGAUUGAGUCGUAGGAAGCUGCUGUUUUUGUAGGUCAAGAGGUCUAGUGUUGGCAGUUUCAUAAACACCAGGUCCCUCCCUAGACCCCAGCAGCUCUCCGACUUGUUCUUAUCCUCCCUUUAAAUUGUAGUCCCUCCCUCUUUUAACUCUAUUUACAUUAAACAAAACAUGAAACCAUAAAGUAAUCAUGCCGGCUUGCUUUUUGCGCUGUCUGUAAUUUGAGCAAGCCCAUGCUCUUACCUUUCGCUUCCUCGGCUGUGUGAGCCCAGAACCAACAGAGCCCUCACUCGGCCUCACCUGAGGGAUCCAAGCCCUGGGGUUGGCUGGACUCUCUCUCUGACAUGGAGUUUUCCGCUCUGCGCUCCACCCUGCAGGCUGCACAGUCUGCCUGCGCUGUGGGACAGAGCAGGACACGGAUGCCCGAGAGGCGGCCUUGACCUGAGUGCGGGGUGCAGCUGGGCCGAGUGCUGUCUCAUCCAGACCUCCGUAACCAAACAUGGUGCUUCCCAAGUCGUCUCUCUUUCAAAUCAGAUCCACCCCCUCUUAACGUCUGUGAUUGACUGUUACCUGGUUGGUUGCUCCUGAAACUUGGUGGAAUCCCUAUGAAGUCCAGCAGGCUCUCCGUCCUUUGCCUCUUCCGUUGUUGGUUCUCCUGUGUAUCCAAAGGAGAAGAGCAUCGUGAGGCAGGAAGCGUAACUGAGAGUCAACUUCAGGACAGGUCAGGCCGUGUUGCUGUACAGCGUCUAGGUGGACGUGUCUUGUCCCAAGAAGAGGCGAUGCACUUUGUACCUGAAAAAUUCAAGUUGACGCAGAAGAGGAAAACAGGUAGUGUAGAGAUUUAGGCCAAGGUCAUGCUGUGUUCUUCGCCGCGUCCUAAUGACCAGGGGCCCUGACCUGCAGGAAAGGAGGAUGCCGUUCUGAGAAGUUCUAGUUGGUAGCGAGCGGAUGGCUGUACAGCCACACAGUGGACUUGGGAGUGUGUAGGGAGGUUCGGAGCUAACCUGCGUAGGUGUGACACAAGGAUGUUGGACAGUUUGGGAAUACGGUGAAGGCACCUUGCUUCUUGCUCCUCAAGCUUCAUCUCCCAGCAGUUGGAAACCUAAGCCUGGCAUCCUUUCACAGAAGCUGGGCCAGGGCCCUACCUACCACCACCUCUGAACUGCGACUGCUGCUUGUGUUCACCUGCGGGGCCACGGACCGUGUUCAGAAGCGCUCGUUAGCUAAUGUGUUUCCUGGUGGAGUAGGGCGAGGGAGGGAAAAUCGAGGAUCCUUUCAACCACUAUUUUUGUGCAGAUAGUAUAGAAGUGAAGUGAAAGCAAUAGUAGAACUAUCUACAGCAUCUGGGUUUAGAGUGGGUAGGUUACCUUUGCCUCUUCAGGGAAAGCCGAAUCGUGGCGGGGAAGGAAAUUGGAUUCUUUUGCCAUGUCAGGUAGCUGGCAGGAUGCUCUCCGGCCUUUGGCAUCUCUAGCAGUGGCUCCACAGUAGCUCAGUUCUCCCUUGGGAACCAGUGCCCCUGUGAGUGAGAUGUUUAAGAACCCCCAAAGAUAACAUUCAGAAAUAGCCAGUGUUUCUCUAGACAAGGGCAAGGCCAAUCUCCUGUCCUAGGAUUUCUAGAGAAAAUACCGCUUGCAAGGUGUUAGUUCUUGAAAUGCUGCUUGGCCAGGAAGGUUUCGGACUAGCCCAGCGCGUGGACUGGCUGCAGCUGUUCCCAGUCCCAGGGGAGUGUAAAACUAGAGGGGAAAAUACUGCUUUUCACAAACGCUCCACAUGGCUGUCUUUAAAAAGACUCAAAACCUGAUUUUUUUUGUCCUCUGUUGUGCUUGGAAACCCCCCACAGUGUGUGGAGACUUUGCAAAGAAACCUUUAGAUGUGGUUCAUAGGUAUAUGAAUAAGUAUCUGUGUAAAACAGUGAGUGUGCAGUGUGUACAGACUUUAAAUUAUUAUGCUAGAAAAAUAAAAGUUACCUACCAUG